AUGGGGUCAAAAGGAAGUGUACCUUCAAGGAGCCAUUCUCUUAGCUCCUAUGAAGUCAUGUUUGCUGCUCUCUUUGCCGUCUUGGUGGUGUUCUCUGCUGGAUUAAUUGCACUGUCCUGGCUGGUAAUCGAGGAAGCUGGAAAAGAUGCGGCAGUUGGAAAAAGUCAUGAAACCAGAGGGAUAUUUAAAAUAACAUCUGGAGCUACAUAUAAUCUUAACUUCCAAGACAAACUCUCCGUGGAUUUCAAAGUUCUUGCUUUUAACGUUCAGCAAAUGAUAGAUGAGAUCUUUCAAUCAAGUGAUUUGAAAAAUGAAUAUAAAACCUCAAGGGUUUUACAAUUUGAAAAUGGCAGCAUUAUAGUCCUAUUUGACCUUUUUUUUGCUCAGUGGGUGUCAGAUGAAAAUGUAAAAGAAGAACUGAUUCAAGGCAUUGAAGCAAAUAGGUCCAGCCAACUGAUGACUUUCCAUAUUGAUUUAAACAGCGUUGAUAUCACAGGAAAUGCUUCAAUAAUGUGCCAACCUGGUUCAAGGCCUUGUGCUGAUGCUCUGAAGUGUGUAUCAACUGAUUUAUUUUGUGAUGGAGAAAUAAACUGUCCAGAUGGCUCUGAUGAAGACAAUAAAAUUUGUGCCACCCCUUGUGAUGGAAGAUAUUUGUUGACUGGAUCAUCCGGGUCUUUCCAGGCUCCCCAUUAUCCAAACCUGUCUACAUCAAGUGUUGUUUGCCAGUGGAUCAUAAGUGUAAACCAAGGACUUUCAAUUCAACUAAGCUUUAAUUCCUUUAAUAUACAUUAUACAGAUUUAUUAAAUAUUUAUGAAGGUGUGGGACCAAGCAAGAUUUUAAGAGCUUCUCUUUCUGAAAUGGAUCCGGGGAUAAUCAGAAUUUUUUCCAACCAAGUUACUGUCACCUUUUUUAUCCAAUCUGAUGAAAAUGAUUAUAUUGGCUUCAAUGCAUCAUAUGCUGUAUUUAACACCAAUGAGCUUAAUAAUUAUGAGAAAAUAAACUGUAAUUUUGAGGAUGGCUUCUGUUUCUGGGUCCAGGAUCUAAAUGAUGAUAAUGAAUGGGAAAGGAUUCAGGGAAUCACCUUCCCUCCCUUUACUGGACCAAAUUCUGACCACACUUUCGGCAAUAUUUCAGGAUUUUAUAUUUCUACACCAACUGGUCCAGGAGGAAGAACAGGAAGAGUGGGACUUUUCAGCUUACCCUUGGACACCUCUUUGAAUCCAGUCUGCCUUAGUUUCUGGUAUUAUAUGUAUGGUGACAAUGUCUACAAAUUAAGCAUUAAUGUUAGCAGUAGUGAAAACAUGGAGAAGACUAUUUUCCAGAAAGAAGGAAAUUAUGGAGAAAAUUGGAAUUAUGGACAAGUAACAUUAAAUGAAACAGGAGAAUUUAAGGUUGCUUUUAAUGCUUUUAAAAAGCAAAGGCUGAGUGAUAUAGCAUUGGAUGACAUUAGCCUAACACAUGGGAUUUGCAAUGAGAGUCUUUAUCCAGAACCAACUUUGGUUCCAACUCUUCCACCAGAACUUCCUACGGCCUGUGGAGGACCUUUUGAGCUAUGGGAACCAAAUACAACAUUCAGUUCUCCAAACUUUCCAAACAGCUACCCUAAUCAGGCUUUCUGUAUUUGGAAUUUAAAUGCAGAAGAAGGAAAAAAUAUUCAACUUCAUUUUCAAGAAUUUGACUUAGAAAAUAUUCAAGAUGUAGUUGAAAUCAGAGAUGGAGGAGAUGAGUCCUUAUUCUUAGCUGUAUACACAGGGCCUGGUCCAAUGAAAGAUGUGUUCUCUACUACCAACAGAAUGACUGUAUUUUUUAUCACUGACUACUCGCUGGCAGGAAGGGGAUUUAAAGCAAACUUUACUAGUGGUUACUACUUGGGAAUUCCAGACCCCUGCAAGGAAGAUGAGUUUCAGUGCGAAAAUGGAGAGUGUAUUCCACUGGUGAAUCUGUGUGACAGCCACCCACACUGUCAGGAUGGCUCAGAUGAAGCACAUUGUGUGCGUCUUUUCAAUGGCACCAUGAACAACAAUGGGCUGGUGCAGUUCAGAAUCCAGAGCAUUUGGCAUGCAGCAUGUGCUGAGAACUGGACCACCCAGAAUUCAAAUGAAGUUUGUCAGUUGCUUGGUUUAGGGAAUGAAAACUCAUCAAUGCCAACACUCACUACUGGAGGAGGGCCAUUUGUAAAAUUAAGCACAGCACUGAAUGGCAGCUUAAUUCUAACACCCAGUGAACAGUGCUUACAAGAUUAUCUGAUACUGUUGCAAUGUAACUAUAAAUCAUGUGGAAAAAAACUGGUGGCUCAAGAAGUUAGCCCAAAGAUUGUUGGGGGAACUGAUGCCAAAGAAGGGGCCUGGCCCUGGCAUGUUGGUCUAUCUUAUAACGGCCAACUGCUCUGUGGUGCGUCUCUCGUCAGCAAUGCCUGGCUGGUGUCUGCCGCACACUGUGUUUAUGGGAGAAAUUUAGACCCAUCUAAGUGGAAAGCAAUCCUAGGCCUGCAUGACAGCACAAAUCUGACUUCUCUUCAUGUAGAAACUCGGCUGAUAGAUCAAAUUGUCAUAAACCCUCACUACAAUAAACGGAUAAAGGACAGUGACAUUGCCAUGAUGCAUCUUGAAUUUAAAGUGAACUAUACAGAUUAUAUACAACCUAUUUGUUUACCAGAGGAAAAUCAAGUUUUUCUUCCAGGAAGGAAUUGUUCUAUUGCUGGCUGGGGAAGGCUCGUACAUGGAGCAGGUCUUUCUCCAGACAUCCUGCAAGAAGCUGAUGUUCCUCUUCUAUCAAAUGAGAAAUGCCAGCAACAGAUGCCAGAGUAUAAUAUUACCCAAAAUAUGAUAUGUGCAGGCUAUGAAGAAGGAGGAACAGAUACUUGUCAGGGAGAUUCAGGAGGACCACUAAUGUGCCAAGAAAACAACAGAUGGUUCCUUGUUGGCGUGACAUCAUUCGGAUACGAGUGUGCACGGCCUAAUCGCCCUGGGGUGUAUGUUUUGGUCUCAAGGUUCACACAAUGGAUACAAAAUUUUCUACAUUAG